UAUUUUAAUCAUUAGUCAUCAUAUUAAAUUACUAUUUAUAAAUAUAAGAUAUUCAUUUAAUAAAUUGGUGGGUCAUUUAAGCUUAUUUAGUUUGACAUAACGCCUGUGCGUCGACUUAUUUAAUGCUUUUAUGUAUACAGGGGAUACAACAAAUUGUAUUUGUGUAUUUAGAUUUGGAAUAUAGAUAAUUCAGUUUCAAAAACAUUUAAAGUGUUGGAUCAAAUCCUGUCGACUAGAGACUUGACAUGACUGUAAGAUAUUGACAUUAAAUAAAUCUAAUAUAAUUAAUUUUUAGGUGACUACCUAUCUAAAUUCCGCAGUUUGCUAAGAUCUGGCCUUAUAAUAUAUAAUGUUAUCACAACAAAAUUAUAUCCAUGAAUCAAGAAUUGUGUUAAAAGUUCGACGUCUAAAAAUUACAAAAUUGUAAUGGUAAGGCACGGAGAAAGUGAUUGGAAUAGAAAAAAUUUGUUCUGUGGUUGGUACGACGCCAGCCUGAGUAGUAAAGGUGUAGAAGAAGCUAUUUUGGCCGGGGAAACGCUAAAACAACGUUGUUACCAGUUUGAUGUCGCUCAUACUUCCGUCUUGAAAAGAGCUCAAGACACUCUGAGUGUCAUUCUAAACCAAAUAUGUCAAACAAAAAUCCCGGUGCACACGACAUGGCGACUAAACGAGCGGCAUUACGGAGGGCUGACGGGCCUCAACAAGUCUGAAACCGCUGAGAAAUAUGGCGAAGAUCAGGUCAAAGUUUGGAGGCGCAGCUUCGAUAUCCCACCCCCACCAAUGGAGAUUACUCAUCUCCACUACUAUCACAUAAGAAAUAAUCCAUGUUACGCAGAGGGUCCUAUCGAGUGUGAGUUUCCAACACACGAAUCUCUAAAAAUGACUAUACACAGAACGCUGCCGUACUGGGAUUGCGUGAUCGUCCCUCAAAUCAAAAAAAAUAAAAAAAUUUUAAUAGCAGCUCAUGGAAAUAGUCUCAGGGGCAUAAUUAAAUAUUUAGACAAUAUCACAGAUGAAGGGAUUAUGGGGUUGAACUUACCAACAGGCAUACCGUUUGAAUAUAUACUAGAUGAGAAUUUAAAACCUCUGGUUUCUAUGAAGUUUUUAGGUGAUGAAAAAACCGUAAAAAAAGCAAUGGAUGCCGUAGCUUCUCAAGGCAAAGCAAAAUGAACGCUAACUGAUGUCGUAUCACCUGUAUUUAAGUGAACAUUAAAUUUAGUUGGAUGAAAUAACCAAUUUAAAAGUCCUAUUCCCUAAUUCUUCCCACCGCCGCAUAUUCCUGCUCCCUGCCAUAACCACCACCACCACCUCCUACUCCCUUCCACCGUAUACAUCACAAAAGUCAAUUAUAUUUAUUAAAUCCACUGUUUUAUCAGUUAUCA